AUGUGUCAUUUUCUACUGUCACCUGUGGUGGACUCUAGUGCGCCAGAUCAAGGCUCGCAGCCGCCGCAGCCCAACAUUGAAGCGCGGGGAACGCGAGCUGCGAUUGAAGACCAGGUAACCGGGUUUUCGUCUUGUCGCCCUUCCCACCGUUCAGAGGAGAAGAAAGAACCAGCUUCCCCCCCCGACGUCUCGUCGCUCUACAUCGUCCGCCUACGUUCCGCGCCGCCUGUCGCCUCGUACCGCGGCGGAUUUCCCGGGUUCCCAGCAACAGCCGUCUGGGACAGCGACCCUAACGGCUGCGCGACAGACGCAGCGUCAGACGGCGCCGCCAACGGUUCCGUUGCCGUUGGUGCCGCUUCUGUUUCCUCCUCCGCCGCUGGUGCGGCUACUACCAGCGGUUUAGGAUGGCUUGGCCGUCGACCGCGGCGGCCGCGGGUGAACGUGAGGGCGCCGGGCGUGAGGGCGUUCAAGCAGCUGCUGCAGCGCAUGCAGCAGGCCGUGCUGAGAGACAGCGGGGUGGCCGCGGGGAAGAUGCUCUACAGGCGUUCUAAGCGCGGAUGUGCUGCAGACCAUAUUGCUGUAGAUCCGGGGAAGAACCGCACCGCGGCAGCCCUCUGUGUCUCCCGCGCGUGCGUCGUGCGAGAUGCUCAGGCUACCCGUCGCCAUGUCGACUCCCCUUCUCCUGCCUCUGGCUCCAUUAUCACAAGCACCAUCUCCCCCCCAUCCGCCGCGGCCAGUUACAAGCCGCCUUCUCUUCGACCCUCAACCCCCUCGUCGUUUCCAUCCGUCGUCCCCCCCUGUGCCCGCCAACCCUUCCCACUCGCACGUGUCGACAACGUCUCCGCGACGCUCACGCCAGCGCAGCGCAUGACAACCUACAUGCACGCGUCCAACGGCUUCUCCGCGACGCUCACGCCAGCGCAGGUGCAGCGCAUGAGGCGGCAUCCAUCUGUCGCCUCCGUGACGCAGGCGCGCGUGGUACGCCCUGCGACCACCCACUCGUACAAGUUCCUCGGCCUGCCCGGGUCGCUCUGGGCCGACGCGGGCGGACCCAGCAGCGCGGGGGACGGCACGGUGAUCGGCAUCGUGGACACCGGCAUAUGGCCCGAGCACGCUUCCUUUGACGACACGGGCUACAGCAGCACGCUCCCUGCUGGAUGGUCAGGCACGUGUCCCACGACAAGCGACUUCACAUGCAACAAGAAGAUCAUCGGUGGGGGCGUGUUCCACGCGGGGUUUGAGAGCGGCGGCAACACCAUCGACCUCUCGGCCGACUGGGACUCGCCGCGUGAUUCGUUCGGGCACGGCACCUGGUGUGCGGGGUGA